GAACAUCACUCGUGCACAGGUGCUACGGGUGGCGCUGCUUCUUUUUGUGCUGUUUCUCCUAGUUCGGCAUACCUGCGAUUACGGACUGCCGGACACAGUGAUAACGGCGGGAAAGAUCGCGAGGACAACUCCACCGCUUUGUAGAGCCGUACCGUGCCGCGUCUGACAGGUCGCGCGUCUUCGUGUUCACGCUUUUUUGCAACCCAGCCAUGUCGUUCAAGUCGAAAGCGGCCUCGCUCUGCCAGCGGUUCGUCCGUCCGGGCCUGGCGUUGAAAAAUGCUCACCGGAGAGGCUACUACUCGUACUGCAACGAACCUUUUCAGCCGCUGAAGCGCGAUCCGAAGUGGAUGAAGGCUGAGGAAGCAGUCGGCGCGAUCAAGUCCGGCGAUACAGUGUUCAUCCAUGGAGCGGCAGCCACUCCUCGAGGCCUCAUCCCUGCCAUGGUGGAACACGGAAAGAAGUCUGGUCUCAAGAAUGUCACUGUUUGCCACAUUCACACAGAGGGUGCAGCGGAAUAUAACCAACCAGACUGUCAGGGCAUCUUCCGAAGUAUGUCGUUCUUUGUCGGAGCCAACUGCCGGGAGGCCAUCAAUGCUGGUCGUGCCGACUUCGUGCCCAUCUUUCUCAGUGAAAUUCCCCAAGUCUUCCAUCGUGGUGUGCUCCCUGUCGACGUCGCUAUGGUGCACGUGACACCGCCUGACAUUCACGGUUACUGCAGCUUGGGCACCAGCGUGGACUGUGCGCGGGCAGCUCUCACCCAUGCCAAGUACAUAAUUGGGCAGGUAAACGAGCACAUGCCGCGCACGUGGGGCGACGGAAACAUCCACAUCUCCCAUUUCGACGCCCUUGUGAAGCAUGAUGCCAAGCUGCCCGAGCACAAGCCAGCCGUGUUGACCGAUGUGGAAAAGCAGAUUGGCCGUAACAUUGCCGACAACUUGGUUGAAAACGGUGCCACGCUGCAGCUUGGUAUUGGGUCGAUUCCGGAUGCUGUGCUGAGCUGCCUCAAGGGCCACAAGGACCUGGGAGUCCACUCGGAGAUGUUCAGUGACGGUGUGGUUGACCUGGUAGAAGAGGGCUGCAUCACCAACAACAGGAAGGUCAUCGAGAAGGGCAAGAUCGUGGGCAGCUUCUGCAUUGGCACCCAGAGGCUUUUCGACUUCAUGAAUUGCAAUGCUGGGCUUGUGAUGCUGGACGUUUCAUACGUCAACAACCCUCAGAUCAUCUGCCAGAACCCAAUCGUCACAGCCAUCAACUCUUGCAUUGAAGUUGACAUCUGUGGUCAGGUUGUGUCAGAUUCUAUUGGCCCAAGAAUUUACUCGGGUUUCGGCGGGCAGGUCGACUUCCUGCGGGGAGCAGCUAUUGGCCAAGACGGAAAGGGCAAGCCCAUCCUGGCCAUGCCUUCCGUGUCCGCCAAGGGCGUGAGCAAGAUCUGCACCUACAUCAAGCAGGGUGCCGGUGUCGUGACGACUCGUGCCCACACCCACUAUGUAGUUACCGAGCACGGAAUCGCCUCGCUCUUUGGCAAGAGCAUCCGCCAGCGCGCCCAUGCACUCAUCAACAUAGCUCACCCUGACCACAGGGAAACGCUGGAAAAGGAAGCCUUCGAGAGGCUCAAGUGCAUGCCCUCCCCUUAAAGAACUUGCCUUGUUCUGUAGAGGCACUCGUACUUCAUCAUUUCUACUUUACAUGCUCGGUGAUUUCAGUUUAUGUCCGACCGCAAGCAGCAUUCGCGGGAUAGAUCUAAAGGAACUUUGUGUAUAGCAUUUCUUUGGCACAUAUUGAAUUCGACAACAUUCUUUGCAUAGUUAAAACAAUGACCCGCACUUGUUCAAUGGGGCUAUGGUUCACGACUAGUCCUUGGCACGUUUUCCGUUGAGGCCACUUUCACUAAACCCAGGUGCAGGCUGUGCACUGCAGAAAGCGAGUGCAGUUAAGGGCAGUUGGCUUCACCAGUCAGUCAGGUUACGUCAGCACUGCCAUUUUCAAUAAAAAAAAAAAGUGAAAUCGAGCCGGAUGGAGUUGUUUCACAGCUUGGCUAGAAGUCCUAAUGACAAGUAUUUUAUUGCCUCGAGCCAUAUUUCAUUGGCCAUAGAAACUGUUGAAAGUCUUUGUAUAUUGCUGUUGUUAGCAAGCUGAAGGAGUUUACUGCUUUUUUUUUUUUUUUGCAACACUGCAUUUGACCAGUCUUCCAAGCUGCAUGAACUGUCUCCAUCAAGCUGUGCCCAUAGAGGCUCGCGAUAUGUAAAAUAUUGAAGCACAGCACCCCCACCGCCCCAGACAUCCUUAUAUAUAGCUCAUGCUCCUUUCAAGUCCUACAGCCAUUACAUGUCCGGUGCAGUUCUCUCAAUGUAAACAUUUAUGUGCACAACUUUUCAACUUGAAGAGGAAGUGCUGGAAGCAUAAUGCUUACUCUUUAGUUCAGAAGCAGAGUUGUUGCUUCUCCUCACUGUGUACAAUUGUACAAUAAGUUUAGAAAAAGAUGCAUAUACUGUGAACGAUUCAAAUAAACAGCAAUAUUUUCCAGCA